AUGGGAGCUUUGCCAACAAGCCGUGUUACCCCAUCGCAUCCGUUUGAAACUACAGGUGUUGACUACUGUGGUCCCUUAUUAGUAACUCAAAAAAUUAGAGGUCGUUCACCAAUAAAGGUUUACAUUUCAGUUUUCGUCUGCUUUACUACAAAAGCUGUGCACUUAGAGAUUGCUCCUGACCUGUCGACCGUUGCAUUCAUCGCGACACUCAAGCGCUUCAUAGCCAGACAAGGAAAGUGUCGCGUCAUUGUCUCAGACAACGCAACAAACUUCAUUGGAGCUAACCAGGAGUUACGAAAACUUCUUCAGUCAUUCGUAACACAAGAACAUAUACAACGCGUUGAAGAAUUUUGCAGAAACGAGGGGAUCGAAUGGAAAUUUAUUCCUCCAAGAUCACCGCACUUUGGAGGUUUGUGGGAGAGCGCUGUGAAACUUGCUAAAUACCAUUUGCGCCGCGCUAUCGGCUGCAACGUGCUAUCACACGACGAACUUCACACCAUCGUUUGCCAAGCUGAGGCCAUAGUAAAUAGUCGGCCACUAACUCCAAUAUCUAGUGACCCCAAUGAUCUUCGUUCGCUUACUCCGGGCCAUUUCCUUAUCGGCCGAGCUCUUCUAACUGUUCCUGAACCAACAAUAGCCAGUUCAACUAUGUUAGGCCGCUAUCAAAUCAUCCAAUACAUUCAGCAGCAAUUCUGGCGGCGUUGGCAGGAAGAUUAUUUAAAGGAGCUGCAAAAACGUUCAAAAUGGAAUACUGCCUUACCAGAUCUUAAGGUGAAUGACUUAGUGCUACUAAAGGACGAGCUUUUACCACCACUUAAAUGGGCCAUGGGUCGCAUUACAGCUACUGUGCCAGGUACUGAUGGUAAGGUUAGAGUAGUAGAAGUGAAAACAGUCAAUGGCGUUUACAAACGGGCCAUAGCAAAGGUAUGCAAACUACCAAUUGACAAUACAAGUCCACUAGAGUAA